AUGACGGUAAUACUGGCUUCACAAAGUUGUUAUUGCCGCCAUGUUGAUUUGAUGAAUGAAGGGAGAGUAUCAGACAAUCUUAGUUUCUCAAGUUCAGUUUCGAACCCAUUUGUGAAGUUUGACCGGAAAAUACAUAAGCUGUAUUUCACUGAUAAAUUAAGGAUGGAAGUGGAAAUGCGACAAACUGAAAGUUUAGGUUCCAAUGGACCUCCGGCCCGAAAAAAACUAGGCUCCAAUGGAAGAGUGAUAAAGAUGGUACCUACAAAUGAGGUAAUGAAGAGAAGAGCCCCAAAUGGUAACAAAGUUGAGAUACUGAAUGGAACAAAGCAAGUUAUUAACGGAGCUAGUAUAGUUAAUAGAGAUUCUAGUGCUGCACUUGUUAAGUCAACAAGAUCUAAAGACACAGACAAACUUCCACCACUGGAGGAAUUUAGGGUUCUUCCAACGGAUGAAGGUUUCAGUUGGGCGGAUGAGAAUUACAACGACUUCCGAAGGACCAUUGACAUUUGGUCCUCUGUUCUCUCCUUGCGUGUUCGUGUUCUGUUUGACAAUGCCAAAUGGGCAUAUGGGAGAGGUUUCACAGAAGAUAAGCAGGUGACUUUUCAUGAUCUCUAA